AUGAGUCAAUCGGAUUCUCCGAAUUCCCAUAUCUCCUCUGCGGAAUCUCCUCCUUGUAAACGGCGUCGAACUUCUGCCACAUGCAGUCCCUCUCCCACGUCAUCUGUUAAUGCAUAUUCUCCGUCAAACACUCGAAUUUUGCGUGUGCUUCGAAACGACAUUCGGAACAAGGCGAUCUACCUACAUGCAAGGUUCAAGGAUUCAUUGGAUCAGGAUGCCAUCGUAAUAUUACAGAAGUCACCCUUUCCAAAUGAAGUUUCGGACCUCUGUGAAGCACGGGUUGGUGUGGCCUACGCUGAAGAUAAUCACGAUCUCAGUGAAAAUGUGACCAAUUUUCCUCCUUGGAAGGUGAACGAGAUCGUAAACAAUGACAUAUACCACCGAUUCACUAUUCUGUCUGGGUUAGAACGAGCCAACUGCAUAAACAUGACAGUGAUCCAUCCAGCGGAGGCUCACCACUUCUCCAAGUACACGACCUCUAAACGAUGCAUGAUUUCGGAAUCGCCCGAGACCUAUAAGAAUGUUGUCCUCCCGCUUCUGGAAUCAAAUCCAAAGGACCUCGGCUGGGUGGACAAUAUUCUCAGUGGGACGGCUGAGGUGGACCGGGUUUUGCUCGAAGAUAAAGACCCAAACUUCGGAUUUUCUCUAGUGUUAGACUACCGUUGGGAUGGUAGUAAGUUGUGUGAGCUUCAUGCCUUGGCUCUUGCAAGAAACUCGGAUUUGAAAUGCCUCCGCGAAUUGAGGGCCUGUCAUUUACCAAUGCUAAGAACUAUGUUGAUGGAGGGAAGGAAGCAACUUGUAGCCAAGUACAACGAUGAGGAAAACGCGUUACGAGAGGAACAAAUCAUUGCCUACUUCCAUUAUCCACCCACUUUCUACCGUUUACAUAUGCACUUUGUACACAUCGAGGGACCAGCAGAUGGUGGCACGCAGGUAGGCAAGGCGAUCUUGGCUGAAGACGUAAUUGCUAACUUGGAAAUGAGGAGCGAAUACUACGCCGAGCGGAUAAUGCCCAUCCUCCUUCACGAAAACCAUACAUUCCUGACUGCUAUCCAAAAGUCCGAACAAUUGUAA